AUGGUAUCUGUUCAUGAUAAAUGGAUAAGAAUUUUUGAUGUACCAGAUGUUCGAAAACACAAGAAGGGUUUUACAAUAUACAAAGUGGUUUCUAUGUUAUAUCCAGAGAAUUGUCCAGAUGCUGUGACAAGGGUUAUUGUUUGGAAGAGAUUUAAUGACUUUAGGAAACUACAUAAAGAAUUAAAAUCCUUGUAUAAAAAGUUGACCAAAAACAAGGAUUUUCCAAGUUUAUCUGCUAAAACUGUAUUAAAAAGGUUUGAUGAUGAUACCAUUAAUGAAAGGAAACAAAGUGUUUUAAACUUUCUAGAAUUUGUAGGUGGGAAUUACCAGUUGUUUACUUCCAUAGAGUUCGUAAAAUUUUUGGAGACUAGUCAUACACCAGCGGAACUUCUUAAUAGCAACAUAAAUUCUAUAAGGGCUGAACUGCAGUUACCUGAAGAUCCUGAAGUAUCUACUACUCUUUCUGAUGACGACGUAACAAUAAGUGAUACAGAUUCGAUAUCGACAAUGUGUAGUUUAGCAAGUCCAGUUCAGGUAGAUAUAUUUUCGGAAUCGGCGAAGAAUUUACCUCAUCCAAAACUUAAAAAAUUCAAUUCUUCAACGUCUAUCAAUUCCCAUACUUCGUCAAAUAUUUCAGAUUUAUCUAGCGUAACCAACAUUUUCGACAAUAUUAGUAUAGUAGAUGGACAAGGACAUAAUAUCCCUUUUAUUAAAAGCUUAGAUGACAAUAUUCAGUAUAUUCUAGAUGCUUCAGUUCAUAUAAACUUAGCAGCAGAAUUGGAAGAAGACCGAUUAUUUGCAGAAGCACAUGUAGCUUAUAAUACCGCAAUUGAUAUUUUAACGAAACAUGGAAGUGAUGAUCCAAAUUAUGAUAGGAGGCAGUUAGUUAAGUAUAAGAUGGACAAAUACAAAAUACGCGCCGAAAAACUUUACAACAUGUAUUUGGCACCAGAAAUUAAGAAUCUUCAACUAUUAAAUAAACCCAUUGAAGAAGGUACUAUUAAAAAACCCUUAUUUGAUCUGUACAAAUUUAAAGCAGUAAAGAUUAUAGAUGGCAAAGGAAUAUUAGUAUUACAUUCAGAGCUUCAAAAGUUAUUUUAUAUAAAAGUUAUCCACAAAACGAUGCAAUUCCUCAACGAGAAUUUAAUAUUGCCUGAGAACGUGCCUUACAUGGUCAAACUAGACAGUCAUUAUAAUUGCGAAAAUGCUUUAUUUUUAGUUUUAGAAUAUUGUAGUGGCAUGAAGUUAUCAGAGUAUCUUAAACGACAAGUUGAUGAUCCAACUUUUAAUAAAACCGCCGAAGUCUUGACAAGUCAAUUUCACGAGGAAUCGGACAACGAAUCCGAAGCUAGUUUUUCUGAACUUGUCACUGAGUAUCACAACAGUAGAAUGCCGAAUCGAUCUUCUAGUCAAAAUAUGUUCAAUAAGGACGAAAUUAGUGCAGACAAAGAUGAUCUUAGUAGCGAUGGCAGCUUUGAAAAACUUGAUCUGGAAGACAGCGCUAGAGACAAAAUGAUUUCUGACCAAAUUUGGAAAGACGCUGCACCGCAAUCCUUCAGUGAUGCAACCCUCAACGAACAAAUUUUUCACCAAAAAUACACUAAACGAAAAGAGAUGGAUUUUGACACAAGUAUUAUUAGUAGGAAACAAAGUACAACUAGUAGCCAAAGAAGUCAAGUUUCAAGUUUUGAUACGGACUGUUUUAGAGAUAGAGUAGUUGUCUCAGAGAAAGUUGUGAUUAAAUGGGCAGCUCAGCUUUUGCUUGCUUUAGAUAAGUUACAUACAUUGGGUAUUAUAUGCAGAGAUCUCGAAAUGAAAAAUUUACUCAUAAAUGAUGCAGGAGACUUAAUUUUGACCUAUAUGUGUAAUAAUAAAGAACUAGGGGAUCUAUUUGCUGUUAAUAUAAAUUACAAUCUUGCACCAGAAGUUUACAGUUUUACCCCAGUAGCAAACUCAGCAGAUUGGUUCAGUUAUGGAACUAUCCUAUAUGAACUUCUUGUGGGCAUUCCAUUUUCAGAAAUUCAUUUGAAUGGUCUAACCAGCAGUACUUUCAUAAAAAUUCCUCGAUAUGUUUCUCCAGAGGGAAGAUCGAUUCUUAAACAGCUAUUGACGUACCAAUCCGAAGAUAGAUUGGGUAGUGGUAUAAAUGGCACUGAAAAUAUUAAGUCACAUCCUUUCUUCAAGUCAAUUUCGUGGAAUUCGUUAAAUUACUCAGUUUAA